AUGGGUUUCAGUCUCAACAACCCCCUGCCCUCUUCCAUGAGCAGCGAAUGUCGCAAGACAGGAAAGAUUCUAGCAUCCUUUGUCGACCCCAGACAAGCCUUUGGACCCGACAAGAUUAUUCCCCCGAAUGUUCUCGCCAAUGCAAAGGGUCUCGCGAUUCUCACAGUAUUCAAGGCUGGCUUCCUCGGCACAGCGCGAUUUGGUUCAGGUGUCGUUGUCGCUCGUCUCGCUGACGGAUCGUGGUCGGCGCCCACAGCCAUCGGAACCAUCGGCGGCGGCUUCGGCGGACAAAUUGGUUUCGAGCUCACCGACUUCGUCUUCAUCCUGAACGAUGCAUCGGCAGUGCGUACUUUUGCGCAGGCAGGAUCUUUGACACUUGGUGGCAACGUCUCUAUCGCAGCGGGGCCAGUUGGUCGCAAUGCCGAAGCUGCCGGCGCGGCAAGUUUGAAGGGCGUAGCGGGCAUCUUCAGCUACAGCAAAACCAAGGGACUUUUCGCGGGUGUCAGUCUGGAGGGAAGCGGCAUCAUCGAGCGGAGAGACGCCAACGAGAAGCUGUACGGCCGCCGAUGGACUGCGCGCGAGAUUCUCAGCGGACAAGUUCCCCCACCACCAGCCGCCGCCCCGCUCCUGCAGGUGCUCAACUCAAGAGUCUUUGCUGGCGUUGGAGGAGCCCAGAACGUUACGAACGAUGCCAUGUACAACGACAUCCCCGUCUACGACGAUUCGCGCGACAAUGUAGUAUGGCAAGGGCGCCAGGGUUCAGCAAUGGGCGAAGGCGUACGUAGGGAUCGUACAGGUUCUCUAGGCCAAGGAAACAACGACUACGAGUACAGAGACCGACCACAGCGCUCAUCCGGCUGGGAAGAUGACGUUUACGACCGGCAACCAUCCUCAGCACCCCUCGGCCGAUCCUUCUCCACGCGCGCGAACCCCAACGAGACAUUCGACCGCAUGGAUACACGGAACCGCUCCUCCACUUUCGGCGACGACUACUCAUACAGCGAUCGCAAGCCCGGCCGACCGACAGCUCCAAAGCCAGUAUUCGGACAAACAACGGGUCAGAAGAAGGCGGGGCUACAAUCCGACCAGGCGAUUGCCAAGUUCACCUUUGACGCCGACCAACCGGGCGAUCUGGGCUUCAAGAAGGGCGAGAUCAUCACGAUUCUGAAGAGGACAGACAACGAGACAGACUGGUGGACAGGCAGAGUCGGAAACAGAGAAGGCAUCUUCCCAAGCAACUAUGUCGAGACUGUCUAGGGUCUUUAUCCCUAAUGCGUGUGCGAUAUCCAUAACGAAUCCUCUUGGUCGACAAAGUUCCAUCGGAAGAUACCACGAUUUCUAACCACAUAGACUGGUAUACCUUGCUUAUUGUUACCUCAGCGAACAUGUUCGAGUCCUGUUUGAGCGGUCAGCAUCCAGCACCUUGCUUGCUUUCACGCAUGGGAUGGCGUCUUUUUCCUGAACGUUUCCGUGCUUGAAAUUCAUUCAUCACUUCUCCUUGUUGCCAUUGUUUGCAGAUACCUAUGUAGCGAAAACAAGUCAACGUUUCAAGAUACAGAGAACAAGUUGUAUCUGGAAGUGAGGUAUGGGUUCAUGUUGGAGUUACCCCAAUUACCGAGAGUGGAGAUUGGUCGGCGG